AUGUCUGAGACCAAGAUCCAGCCGGUGGAUCCCCAAAAGCUGGGGAAGAUUUCAUUCAAAAAGACAGAAGACUUGAUCGACGACUGGCAUAUUGAAUAUGACGAGUCAGCGAGUGCUGAUGAUCAUUUCGGUAAUCUCAAAGCAGCGGCUCGCGAUCUAGUGGAGACGGACGUACCCGUUGCAUUUCCUACCGAGACAGUCUACGGCCUGGGAGCAGAUGCGACAAGAAGUGCGGCUGUAAAAGAAAUCUUUGCUCGCAAGGGGCGACCCGCCGACAAUCCACUGAUUGUUCACGUACACUCUUUGCCACAACUUCGCGCACUAUUAUCAGGGAAAUUGGAAGUCACAGGCGAUGGGAGGAUCAAUGGCAAGGACCCCAUACCAGAGAUCUACAGACCAUUGAUUGAGCGGUUCUGGCCUGGUCCACUUACCCUCAUCCUUCCGACUCCGGAGACUUCAAUCCUCGCGCCAGAGGUCACGGCGGGUCUUUCGACAUUUGGCGCACGAAUGCCACGAUCCAUCAUCGCCUUGUCUCUCUUGCGACUAUGCGGUCGUCCUCUUGCUGCGCCCUCUGCAAACGCAUCGACCCGUCCGUCCCCUACAGCCGCCGAGCACGUUUACGACGACCUGAACGGCAAGAUAACACGGAUAAUCGACGGUGGGCCAUGCGAAGUGGGUGUCGAAAGUACAGUCGUGGAUGGCUUGUCCAGUCCACCAGCGAUAUUACGACCAGGCGGUGUAACAGUGGAACAAUUACGGCAAUGUCCCGGGUGGGAGAAGGUGGUGGUAGGAUACAAGGACAAGCAAGCAGAAGACUCGAGUAAACCCCGAGCCCCAGGAAUGAAGUACAGACACUACAGCCCCAAAGCAUCCGUUCUUCUUUUCGAAGCAGGCGCAGACCAGCCUACACCCAAAGAACUAAAAAGCAAGAGCCGGAUCGGCAUUGUCAGGACAAAGAAGUGGAAACUCGCACUGGGCCUAAAUGCGCAGAAGGUGCAGUUGGCAAAUCCAAACGGAUGGGGGGGUUGCGUGGAACCGGAAGCUGAAGCGCCUGUAAGCACUGAUGUGGCUUCGCCGCGCCAAUCCAAUCUCGUGCGUUCAGUCAUUCAGCACCAAAUCCCAGAGUCCGACCACUAUAUUGUAUCGCCUGAGGAAAUGCAUGUCUGGGAUAUCAAUCUCGGCGCGAACUCGGAGGAUAUCGCGCGAGGUCUGUUUUCUGCGCUGAGGGAUCUGGAUAAGAAGGGUGUGGAGAUUAUUUAUGUCGAGGGUAUUGAUGACAAGUCUGGGGAUGAUAUCGCUGCUGCGGUGAUGAAUCGGUUGAGGAAAGCGGCGGAGAUACGGGUUUGA